CAUCAACGCGAAAGAGGCAAGGAUCCCUGAACCAUGACCCAAGGUGGACUUCCAUAGAUGCCAGGAUGCUCUGGAUUUAAGGGACACAACGAGUCUGCGCAGCUGGAUCUUUAACAGCGAGUCUGCAAGCAGCCGAAAUCAUGUUUCCACAGAUGUUCUAUUUCUGUUUGAAGUUGUUCAGCGUUGUUCACGUCGCGUCGUCUGCGGACCUGCAGCUUGGCAUGCCAAAUGUUUGCACCAACCAGGAGAUGUCCAUGUUGGGAGUCCGUCAACCCUGCGUUCAGGCGUUCACCCGCAUGGUGAAGGUGUGGAAGCAAGACUGCACCAGCCACAGAUGGUGCGUGGGAUACGAGAGAAGGACUACGUACUACACAGUGUACAGGCAAGCAUACAGCAUGGAUUUCCAGACGGUCUAUAAGUGCUGCCCCGGCUGGACUCAGAAACAUAAUGAGACGGGCUGUCUCCAUAGGGUGUGCAGCGCUAACACCUGUCUUAACGGUGGGAGAUGUGCAGAGACCGGGGAGCAGAUUUGUCGCUGUCCAUUGGGCUUCGAAGGAACGCAGUGCCAGUAUGACGUUAAUGAAUGUGAAGUGGACGAAGGCGGCUGCGAGGGUCACUGCUGCAACACCGUAGGCAGCUACUACUGCAAGUGCCCUGAAGGCAGCGAAGUCGGGCCAGACGGCAAGGCUUGUCGUGAUGUAAAUGAGUGUGAGGAGCUCAAUGGAGGAUGCCAGCAAACGUGUGUCAACACGGCGGGCUCUUAUCACUGCGAGUGCACCAAGGGAUUCCGCAUGCAUGCUGAUGGUCGGACCUGCAUUGCUGUAAAUUCCUGCUCCAUUUUGAACGGAGGUUGUGAGCACAAGUGUGUGGACGUGGGCAACAAUCAGUACAAAUGUGAGUGCCGAAGGAACUACCAGCUGAAACGAGACGGGAGACGCUGUGAACUGAGGGACCCCUGUAAGGAGAGGAAUGGAGGAUGCACACAGCUGUGCCACUCAGAAGGCGGCAGAGUUCACUGCAGCUGCCAUCCUGGUUUUAAAUUGUCUGGAGACGGAAAGGACUGUGAAGAUGUCGAUGAGUGCAGCUCUGGCCAUGCCAAGUGUUCCCACGGCUGUGUCAACACGUUGGGCUCCUUCAGCUGCGUGUGCCAUCCUGGUUUCGAGCUCGGCGCUGAUGGCAAGCAGUGCUACCGCAUUGAGAUGGAGAUUGUGAAUAGCUGUGAGAAGAACAAUGGAGGGUGUUCUCAUCACUGUGAGCAUACCACCAAUGGCCCCCAUUGCUCCUGCAACCAAGGCUACCAGUUGGACCAGAACAGGAAGACCUGUGUAGAUAUUGAUGAAUGUGUCAGUGAGGAGUGCUGCUGCAGCCACGACUGUAGAAACUACCCGGGUGGCUAUGAGUGCAGCUGCAGAGGAGGCCACAGACUGAACCCAGAUGGCUGCGGCUGCGACGAUAUUGAUGAGUGUCUAGCAGAGACCUCGGCAUGUGAGCACGACUGCCUCAACACCUUGGGAACCUAUCAGUGCUUUUGCCAAAUGGGCUUCCGCUUGGAUCAGGACCAGCGCUCCUGCAUCCCUCUGUAUGGCGGUGAUCUGGAUGAGGAAGAGGAUGAGGACGAUGAGUGGCGGGAGGUGGACAGACUGCCUGACCUGCUGUUUCGAAAGGCUCCUCAGCUCUUGCAUUACACAGCAGCCCUGCGCGCACGCUACAGAAGCAACGACGACGGCGACGGUAGCCACCGCGUUAGAGACAGUGAAGAAGAAUUAGAGGUCCACAGAGAGCACAGGGCAGAGCUGAGACUGGAAAGCACCCUAGUGUGCCUAGAUGGCUCUUUUGGGGAUGACUGUAGCAUGAGCUGUGAAGACUGUGUAAAUGGAGUGUGCAGUGAGAAGAGAGACCGAUGUCACUGUUCGCCCGGCUGGACGGGAGCCGUCUGCAACGAGACGUGUCCCCAGGGGAGUUAUGGGAAGGCCUGUAACGGCCUGUGCCGCUGCUUAAACGGAGGCUCGUGUGACCCUGUGACCGGGAAGUGUCUGUGCCCCCUCGGGGUGAAGGGCCAGUUCUGUGAGGAUGGUUGCCCAGCGGGUUAUUUUGGAAGACACUGCAGACAAAAGUGCAGAUGCCCCAACAACGGACCCUGCCACCGACUGUAUGGGGCCUGCCUCUGCUCUCCGGGACUAUACGGCCGUUUCUGCCAUCUAGCUUGUCCCAGGUGGACCCACGGAGCAGGCUGUUCCAAGGAAUGCAAAUGUGUCCGAGAACAUUCCAGCGGCUGUGACCCAAAAACGGGGAGCUGUUUCUGUGAGGCUGCGUAUCACGGUCUGCUGUGUGAGAAAGAAUGCGAUCCAGGCUUCUUUGGCGCCCGCUGUGAGUGGUCAUGUGACUGUCCAGGUGGAGGGUCAUGUGACCCUAAGACCGGAGAGUGCAGCCAAAGAUGUCCUGCUGGGCUUCAGGGGAACCAGUGUCAUCAGGCCUGCCAAACAGGAAACUAUGGUGAAAACUGUCGUCUGAGCUGUGACUGCCGAGGAGCUCCCUGCGAUCCUGUAACUGGAGAGUGUGACUGUCCUGCUGGGAAGAGAGGAAGUUCAUGCCAGGAAGACUGUCCUGAUGGAUUGUGGGGGUUGAAGUGCCAGUUCUCUUGCCCUGUCUGUGAGAAUAGUGGCUCCUGCAACAAGCAAACUGGCGUGUGCGACUGUAAGGCAGGCUUCAUGGGAAAUAUCUGCCAGGAAGCAUGUCCUGCAGGACACUAUGGGCCAGGCUGCCUAAAAAUCUGUUCUUGCCACCCUGAUGCCAGCUGUGACCCAAAGACCGGACUCUGCAUCUGCCCUCCUGGCAAAACGGGCCACGAUUGUGCGACAGCGUGUGAGGCUGGUUUCUGGGGCCGAGGCUGCAUCAGCAGGUGUCAGUGCCAGGAACACUCUGUGGGCUGUGACCCGGUCAGUGGCCAGUGUGUGUGUGAGGCAGGCUACACCGGAGACCACUGUGAAGAGAGUAAGGGUAUGAGGGGUACCGUUAGAGAAUGCUGCCACCAUGAGGAGUGUAUGAACAGCAGCUACGGUCAUGGCUGUGCUCAGGAGUGUCUGUGUCAGAACGAAGGCCUCUGCGACCACGUGAGCGGCGCCUGCGUCUGCUCCUCCGGAUUCACCGGGCAUCUCUGUGAAGAAACGUGCCCGGACAGCUUUUACGGCCUUGACUGUGGCCAGAUGUGCGAGUGCAGGAACGGUGCCCGCUGCCACCACAUCACAGGAGCCUGCCUGUGCACCGCCGGCUGGGCAGGACCACACUGCAUUCUGGCCUGCCCCGUCGGCACGUUUGGACAAAACUGCAGCCAGCUGUGCCGAUGCUCCGGGCCCCAGGAGCAGUGCGACCCCGUGACAGGGAAAUGCAGCUGCUCACCCGGCUACUACGGGCCACGCUGUGAGCUCCGAUGUCGAGCCGGCUCCUUUGGGCCAGACUGCAAGUCCAGAUGCACCUGCGUCAACGGGGGUCGCUGUGACUUCAGGACCGGGACAUGCUACUGUCCUCCUGGCUACAUUGGAGCUGACUGCAGUUCCCGUUGUCCGAGUGGCUCCUAUGGGAAGGACUGUGCCAAGCUGUGCUCCUGUGGGGAAGGAGGGGAUUGCCAUGCGGUGACAGGGGUGUGUAAAUGUGGCCCGGGAAGGACGGGCACGUCCUGCCAACAAGCUUGUCCGACAGGACGCUACGGCCUGCGGUGCCGUCACGUGUGCGGCUGUCAGAACGGAGCCGUGUGCGACCCUGUUGAUGGGUCUUGUAAGUGUGGACUGGGCUGGACUGGACCUCACUGUGAAACAGCCUGUCCAGCAGGAAAAUAUGGGCCUGACUGUGCACAACCCUGCCAGUGUCUUAACAACGGGGCUUGCAGCCGUUUCACCGGCAGCUGCAGCUGUACUGCAGGGUACUACGGCCACUACUGUCAGCACGAGUGUCCUUCUGGGUUUUAUGGAGCGAAUUGUGGGCUUAUAUGUGACUGUAAGGUGGGCCAAGCAUGCGAUCAUGUGACGGGCAAAUGUUUGUGCCCACCUGGUUAUGAUGGCUUACAAUGUGAAAGACGAUGUGCCGGUGGCACCUUUGGACUGGAUUGCGCGAAGCCGUGCGAUUGUGCCGACGUGGCGUCAUGUGACCCAUCCACUGGAAGGUGUCACUGUCCCUCAGGCCGGUGGGGACAGAAAUGUGAAAAAGGCUGUGACGGAGGCCGCUUCGGCCCCGGCUGCUCCCUGCCGUGCCGGUGUUUCCAUGGCUCCCGCUGCGAUCGGGUAAACGGCAGAUGCCUGUGUCCGCCCUACCGGCUCGGCCCGACUUGUAGCGAAGCGCGAGCGCAACACCGAACCUCAGGAGUGCUGAACAUGUCUGCGCCUCGCAGAAAGAGAAGAACAGGCAGCAAAACCACAUAACCCAAACAGACGUGCAAAGCCCUCACCGGACACUCAAGCUCGGGACUUGGCUCAGCGUAGCUUCAGCUCGGAUCGUCUUCGAGAAGGUUUUGAUGUUUCGGCGGUGCUGGUGCCGGGUUGUCAGAGGCUGGCUCUCCAUCACUGAGUCUGAGACGAGCGACCACAGGUACCGGCACACGAGAGACGUUUGGAAGACCGUAAAACUCAAAUCUGACUCAAGCUAUUUAGGACUGAAAGAUGGACUGUGUACGGGCCCGACAGCGCAUUUUGGUCCUCGUGAUGAAAGAAAUCGGAUCACUUUGGCAUUUAUUGAGUCGCUUCACUUCACAGUAAAGCUCAUAAACCGUAAUCACCGCAGCAAUAAUGGAAUAUGAUACUUCUGAUAAAAAAACGUCAAUAUAGCAGCGACUUUAUGACUUAUUUCGUGAAUAAAUGUAGUUACUGGGGUACUGAAGAGGAGGAAGCAAAAAUACAGCAUGAACAAGUCAUCUAUAUGCAGUAACUUGUGAAAGUAUUCUUACCCUUUGAGAGUUUUACAUUUUGUCAUAAUAAGACCACAAUUUCAAUGGCUUUCAUUGGGAUUUUAUGCAAUAGAAGAACAAAAGGGGGUAGAGAAGAGAAAUGAUAAUGUUUUUCUAAAUAUUUCAGAAGCUAAACUCUCACAAGUGCGGCAUGUUUUUGUAUUAAGCCCCCUUUUAAUUUGUUGUCCCUUAAUAAAACCUAAUGCACCCAAGGCUCUUUAGACAUCACCAAAUUAGUAGAAUCCACCAGUGUUUCAUUUAAUCUCAGUUUAAUUACAGCUGUUCUGUGAAGGCCUCAAGGGUUCACCAGAGACCAUUUUUGGAUAUUUACCAUUUGUGUUAACCUAACUCUGGUUAGGGUUACUGAGAUACGGCUUUAAUAAGAGAAGCAGCCUCUUCUUUGGCCCACGGUAACUCCAGAGGAGCUACACAGAUCCAUAGCUCAGGUGGGAAAAUUGGUGGACAAAACAACAUGUUGUCAUACACUCCACAAAUCUGGCCUUUAUGGAGGAAACAAACAAUACAGACACAAAUCAGUGAAAGUAUAGACUCAAAACCGACCGAAAAUCUGGGGUCAAGUCUUGAAGCCAGAUUGACUGAGCUUGAGCUGUUCUGCAGAGAAAAACCUCCGUUACUAAAUUUGCAGCCUUGGCCUACACAUACCCCAAAAGAGUUUCAGCUGUGAUUUAAGCAAAAUGGUGGGUCUACAUCAAUUAAGAUUCAAAUUACACUUUUCAGGUGUUCGUUUGUAACAGCUAAUUUUCCAUCCACCAGACAACUAUGAUCUGAUUUCUGUUCUGUAACAUCGAAGUACAUCUGAUCAUAUUGAAUAAAUUACAAUUUUAUUGAAA